UGGACAGUUCCUCAAUUAAACUAAAGGAAAUUAGGGUUUUCAUCGCAGCCUAUUUAGCCGUUAUCCACCGUCGGCGCUUAACGGACACCUCCUCGCGCCUUUGAAUGCCAUUCUUUUCUAGAAACUCUGUUCUUUCCCAAACCGCCGGUGAAACUCCGGCAGCAUACAAAUAGUUGAGUGCUUGUGGUGGACUCCAAGAUGAAAAGAGUAGGAGAAAUUCAGUUCACUAAGCAGCCAUACAUUGAAGAUGUCGGCCCUCGAAAAAUAAAAAGCAUUCAGUUCUCGACGCUUUCGGGGUCUGAAAUCAUGAAUUCAGCUGAAGUCGAAGUUUUCCGUGGGGUUUACUAUGAUGCUUCGAAGAAUCCUAUUCCCAACGGCCUGUUAGACCCUCGCUUGGGGCCUCCAAACAAGACCAAAACUUGCCAGACUUGCAAUGGAGAUUUCAAACAGUGUCCAGGCCACUUUGGAUACUUGAAUCUUGCUCUACCAGUUUAUAAUGUUGGGUAUCUAACCAUGAUAGUGGACAUCUUGAAGUGCAUUUGCAAGGGUUGUUCUCGCAUACUGCUUGAUGAAAAAGAACGUCAAGAUUUUCUAAAAAAGAUGAGAAAUCCAAAGUUGGAGCAUUUGAAGAAAAAUGAGCUGCUAAAAAGAAUUGUAAAAAGAUGCACUGCGAUGGCAAGUGGCCAUAAGGCAGUGGCAUGUUCCAGAUGUGGAUAUAUAAAUGAAAUGGUCAAAAAGGGUCCUUUGAAGAUCAUCCAUGAGCAAAGCAAACAUUUCUUGGAUGAGUGCCAUAGAGCUUUUGCUUACAAAAAGGGCUUCAAGGGAUCUAUUAUUGCUCCAGAGCUUGACCCAAAGACAGUUCACUCCCUCUUCAAGAAUAUGAUAGAUGAGGACUGUGAAUUGCUCUAUCUUAGUGACAGACCAGAAAACCUCCUUGUCACAAGUAUUCCUGUGCCACCAAUAGCAAUUCGCCCUUCUGUCUUUGUAGAUGGUGGAAUGCAGAGUAAUGAAAAUGACAUCACAGAGAGGCUGAAGCGUAUUAUCCAAGCAAAUGCAAGUCUUCGACAAGAAACAUCUGAAACAAGUAUACUCACCAGAAGUAUGGCUAGUUGGGUGGAUCUGCAAAUGGAAGUUGCGCAAUACAUAAACAGCGAUGUUCGUGGGUUACCCCCACAAAUGCAAGCUUCCAGGCCUUUGAGUGGUUUUGUGCAGCGCCUCAAGGGAAAACAGGGACGCUUCCGUGGAAAUCUCUCAGGGAAGCGUGUUGAGUAUACUGGCCGUACUGUAAUAUCACCUGAUCCAAAUCUUAAAAUUACUGAGGUUGGAAUUCCUAUCUUAGUGGCUCGAAUUUUGACAUAUCCUGAACGUGUUUCACAACAUAACAUUGAAAAGUUAAGACAGCUUGUUCGUAAUGGACCCAACAAAUACCCUGGCGCAAAAUUUAUUAGACAGCCUGAUGGUACAGAGAUUUCAUUAAUGUACUCAAGUAGAAAGCGUCAUGCUGAUGAAUUGAAGUUUGGUUACAUAGUUGAUCGCCAUUUGGAAGAUGGAGAUGCUGUUCUAUUUAAUAGACAACCCAGUUUACAUCGAAUGUCAAUCAUGUGCCAUAGGGCAAGGAUAAUGCCAUGGCGCACAUUAAGAUUUAAUGAAUCGGUUUGUAAUCCCUACAAUGCUGAUUUUGAUGGCGAUGAGAUGAAUAUGCAUGUACCUCAAACAGAAGAAGCUCGUACAGAGGCUCUUUUGUUGAUGGGGGUUCAAAACAAUUUAUGUACCCCAAAAAGUGGAGAAAUCUUGGUUGCUUCAACACAAGAUUUUUUAACAUCUUCCUUUCUUAUCACAAGGAAGGAUACAUUUUAUGACCGUGCUUCCUUUUCACAUAUGUGCUCGUACAUGGGAGAUGCGAUGGAUUCAAUUGAUUUACCGACACCAGCUUUGAUUAAGCCAGUUGAGCUUUGGACUGGAAAACAAUUGUUUAAUGUGCUUCUGCGUCCGCAUAAUAAGAUGAGAGUCUAUGUAAAUCUUACUGUUAGAGAGGACACUUACCACCGCAAAAAAGAUCUAGAAACAAUGUGCCCAAAUGAUGGGUUUGUAUACUUCCGUAACAGUGAGCUGAUUAGUGGGCAACUUGGGAAGGCUACGUUAGGGAAUGGAAAUAAGGAUGGUCUUUAUUCUGUGCUGCUAAGAGAUUAUAAUGCACAUGGUGCUGAAAUGUGUAUGAAUCGGCUUGCAAAGUUGAGUGCUCGAUGGAUAGGGAACCAUGGAUUUUCAAUUGGUAUUGAUGAUGUUCAACCUGGAAAAGAGUUGGUAGAAAAGAAGAGAAUGGAAAUAGAGAAGGGUUAUGGUAUGUGUGAAACAUAUAUAGCUUCAUAUAACAAGGGGGAACUUGAACUAAAACCAGGCUGUGAUGCUGCACAAACACUCGAAGCCCAUAUCACCAAUGAAUUGAAUGAUAUUCGAGAGAAAACCGGGCAAGUGUGUACAGGUGCACUGCCUUGGAGGAAUAGUCCCUUAAUUAUGUCUCAAUGUGGUUCAAAAGGCUCAGUAAUCAAUAUCAGCCAAAUGAUUGCAUGUGUUGGCCAGCAAUCUGUUGGGGGUCGUCGUGCUCCUAAUGGAUUCAUUGAUCGGAGUCUUCCUCAUUUUCCUAGAGAAUCAAAACUUCCUGCUGCUAAAGGGUUUGUAGCUAGUUCAUUUUAUGAGGGUUUAACUGCUACGGAGUUCUUUUUCCACACAAUGGGAGGAAGAGAAGGCCUCGUGGAUACAGCGGUCAAAACAGCUGACACAGGGUAUAUGUCUCGUAGACUUAUGAAAGCGUUGGAAGACCUAUCUGUUCUGUAUGACAAAACUGUGCGGAAUGCAAGCUCAUGUAUUGUUCAAUUUGUGUAUGGUGAUGAUGGCAUGGACCCUUCACAGAUGGAAGGAAAAGAAAGCCAUCCUCUCAACUUUAAUAGAUUAUUCAUGAAAGUUAAGGCAACAUGUCCUCCUGGGGAGGAUAAGGGUUUGUCACCUUCAGAGAUCCUUCAAGUGGUGAAUAAAAGGCUUUCAGAACAUGAUAUGACUCCUAGUGGGGGAUGCUCUGACGCCUUCUCCAAAUCAUUAAAAGAAUUCCUGCAAAACGAGUCCAUAACAAGCUUAGAGAGAACACGUAGAAAUCUAAAAUUGGAUGCAGAACAUAAUGCAGCAGACAAUUGCAAAGCUCUUGAAAAUAUUGCUUUGAAUAUUUCUGGUGUAACUCAUAAGCAACUACAGGUUUUCCUAGAAACCUGCAUCUCUCGCUAUCAUGCAAAGAAAGUUGAAUCUGGAACUGCUAUUGGUGCAAUAGGAGCUCAGAGCAUUGGAGAACCAGGGACCCAGAUGACAUUAAAAACUUUCCACUUUGCUGGAGUUGCAAGCAUGAAUAUUACACUCGGAGUUCCUCGCAUAAAAGAAAUCAUAAAUGCUGCCAAAAAAAUCAGCACACCAAUUAUUUCUGCACCACUUACAUUUGAUGAUAACCCAGCUGUGGCGAGAAUAGUAAAAGGUCGUAUUGAGAAAACUCUUCUAGGGCAGGUUGCAAAGAGUAUAAAGAUAGUGAUGGGAUCAAGAUCAGCAUCCAUAGAAAUUGUGCUUGAUAUGGAAACAAUUCAGGCUUCAUUUCUUUGUAUUGAUGCAUAUACUGUUAAGGAAUCAAUUUUGCAGACCCCAAGAAUGAAAUUGAAGGAACAUAACAUCAUGGUUUUAAAUCCCAGAAAGCUGGAAGUCAUCCCUCAAGUUGAUCGAAGCAAAAUCCUUUUUGAACUUCAGCAUCUCAAAGAUAAGCUUCCUACAAUUGUGGUUAAGGGUAUCAGUACGGUUGAACGUGCUGUGAUCAAUAAUGAAAACGGGAAGUACAACUUGCUUGUGGAAGGGACUGGUCUUCAAGCUGUUAUGGGCACUGCUGGAGUUGAUGGAUUUAACACAACCAGCAAUCAUAUUAUGGAAGUGAAUCAGGUCCUUGGAAUUGAAGCUGCAAGGAGUUCUAUAGUUAAAGAGAUUCAGUACACCAUGUCAAGCCAUAAAAUGAGGAUAGAUUUACGUCACAUGAUGCUUCUAGCUGAUCUAAUGACAUUUAAGGGCGAAGUACUAGGAAUAACUAGGUUUGGCGUUCAGAAAAUGAAAGAUAGCGUAUUGACGCUAGCCUCCUUCGAAAAGACAGCCGAUCACCUUUUCAAUGCUGCUGUAAGCGGGCGGGAUGACAAAAUUGAAGGAGUAAGUGAAUGCAUCAUUAUGGGAAUACCAAUGCAGAUGGGCACUGGGAUGUUUAAAGUUAGUCAAAGCACCAUUCAUGAUGUUGAGCUGAAUUACAGGCCAGAUGCAAUGAUGUCCUGAAAUGACAAGCACCACUUCCAGUUGGUUUGCCACUGACUCUUAAAAUAGCACAGAUUAUAAGUCUUGAUUUAGUUUACAUGGCAUCAUUCUUAGUGCAUAGGCUGUACAGUAUACACAUUGUUAGAAGUAUAUGUUCAGAACUGCACACUGACAAUCAGUAGUAUUAUCUUACUGUACAGUUUAGAAGUCUGGAAACUAUGUUACACAAUGCUAACAUGAUGAUGAUGAUGAUGUAGUAUUAUAUUGUUUUCUCGUGUAUACUCCGUAUAUAUUGUUUUCUCGUGUAUAUAACUGAUGAAAUAUUAAUCUAUAUUUCAAUAAUACACA